AAGGUUAAGGUAUCUUAAUAAUAAGGGGACAGAGGAAGUAUUACUGGCAACCCAAAAUUCGUAGAAAGAUAGACUAUCUUAAAAUGAAAAAGUUCCUGUUUUUGUCUGAUUCCUCUGCAAUUGAGAAAUUGAGUUCAUGGGUCAAACGCACCAGCUUGAGCAGUGGGAACCAAACCCUACAGCACUUCAGUGCAGGCUGUUAUUAUUAUUGACUUUGGCAGGAAUUUCCCUACCAAAACUUCAAUAAACAAAGCUUCAAUCACUGCGAAACAUGCGGCUACUAUGAUUCAAAUAUACUUCCCCAAACCCCCAUCCAUGCAAAGAUAAAACAGUCCUUUUUAUUUCUGUCACAUUUAUAAUAAUUGCAUAAAUUUUUUUUAAAUAUUCACGAUUUAAUUUACGUGCAUCUUAGAGUCUCUUUCCCUCCCUCUCUUAUUCAAUCACUGCUACAAUUUUUUUUCCCUGUAUAUUCAUAUUCAAGACUCAGCAAAAGGGAGUUUGGUAAAACUCCAACAAUUUUCAGGCAAAGAUCGAUGAAGAAAUCUCCGGUAUACCCAAACUAUGACACGAGUGAUUAUGGUGGCUAUGACUUUGAUCCUCAAGUGGAUUUUACGCAGUUCUUGGAAGAAGCAAGGCAGCAUGCAAGACAAAUGAAUCUCCAGACCUCACUGCCGCAUGCUGAAAAAGCUGGAAUAAUAAGAACAGGAGAAGAGAAAAAGAACAAAAAAUCCUGGAAAAAGUCUCUUCUCAAAUGGUGGAAAUCUGAAAAUAAAAGGAGUGAGGCUCGCACAGAACCUGCAAAUAGCUCUCAUAGUUCGAAUCCAAGAAAGGGACAUGUUUCUGGUCCAAUACAUGGGAGCAGCAGGGCUGUUGACACAAAGCACCGACGACAGACAUCUGGGCCACUUGCUAACCUGUUCAAUCCUACAAAGAAAAGAGGGAAUGAGAUACCAUACAUGUGCCUUGAUCAACUUAACAAUCCUCACGGUGACAAAGCCUAUGGACCUGUUUACUUGGUGACAUAAGUGUUUCGACAACAAAAAUGUACAAGGGAAAAGUUUUUCUGGUGGAGAAUGGGGAAUUAUUGUGGAAAGAAGGUGCAUAAGAUCAUUUGAAUAGGCAGAAACAUUCAGUAUCAGACCAGCUGUAAUGUGCAUACAGUUGGAUUAUCUAAUAGAAAGAUUUCACUUGCUUUCAUGUAUGUUCAGAGCAACUAUUAUGUGUAGCCUAAUAAAAUUUCAAUCUCACAUCCCUGCUUUCUUGGUGCA